AACUCAAAAAGGUGUUGUUUUGAAUGAAACUAUAGCAUUGCAUCUAUCAGAGGAAACACUGGAGAGUUUUGUCCUGGUUGCUGCUGUGGCAUUUGGUCAAGUUUUCUCCCAGUUAAAGCCAACCACCUGCCUUUUAGACCCAAUUCCCACAUCACUGUUAAAAACAUUUUACGACUUCUUUAAGUUAGAGCUUUUAAAUAUUGUAAAUUACUCUCUACAGACCGGUGUCUUCCCUGCAGUUGUGAGGCCUCUUCUGAUGAAGAGUCAUUUAGAUCCAAACAACUACAACAAUUAUAGUCCAGUAUCCAACUUGCCAUUUUCAAGUAAAAUGAUCGGGGAAAAAAAACUGUUGUAAUCCAAUUUAAUGAGUUUUUAAAUAGAAAUAAGAUCUUUGAAAAAUAUCAGUCCGGUUUAGAACAAACCACCGCACAGAGAUGGUCUUUGUUAAAAUAGCAAAUGAUAUUAGGUGUGACCUGGACUGUCAGAAACUCUCAGUCCUGGUACUACUGGAUCUCAGUGCUGCAUUUGACAGAGUAGAUCAGAGUAGAUCACAGAUUUUUAGUAUUUUUUUAGUCACACUUACCAUUUUAUAUGUCUGUUAAGGUUUAUGUAAUUAUUUGUUUCUUGUUCCUGUUUUAAAUAUAUUUUAAUUUUUAUUACUUUUACAUUUUAUUUGUAACUCCUGUGUUUUCCUCAUAGGGAUCCUCCACAUCUGACUGACCCUUCUCAGUGUUAGGAAUGAUUAGAAAGAGAAUAGUUAGACACUCCCUUUUGCAUUUUAUUAAACUAACUUUUACCUUUUAUUACAUUAAUGGCUUAACCUUGAUUUACUAUGUAUUAUCAUCUCAAAAUUAUAUUACACUCCAGACAGAGCACAACCAAGACUAUUGUCUCGCAACAUUCCUUUAACAUCCUCCCUUUUUCAUCUUUGUGUGUUCUGGUGUAUGCGUUCUGGUAAAUGUCUGCAAGAGAUCUGACACUUUAGGUGCUCUGACCUUCGAGCAUCUAGCCUGCAACAGUCUGUGGGUGUGUUUUUCACACCAUGAUCCAUCGAAUGAGGUUCUGGAUAUGCAAAUGCAAGGUAUAUAUGCCAGGCCUUUUGCUGAACCCCGUUGUUCAGACUUUGAAUGCACUUUGUUCAUCUGUCUGUAACCCUGCGUACAAAUCUGUGGUCCUUGUGCGGAGUAAAUCUACAAAAGAUAAGUAACUGUCUCUGAGUCGUUAUUCUUUAUUUCUGUGUGUUGGAAACUGAAAAGGGGAACGAACCUAAUUUACCUAUUUUACAGUCCUGUUUAGAAUCACCAGUUUCCUCACACUCAGUGAUCUGGGUCACUGCAGUGGGAUCUCUCUGACUCUUUUGAUCGGAUCUGGGGGGUUCUGAGGUAGUGCAGUCCGUGAACUUGGGUGGGGGGUCACUGAUGUGGACAUGUCCCCAAAAUAUUGUUUCCCCACUUCAGGACAAAGCCAGGUCUCUACAUUCUAUCAUUCGCUCAUUGUUUGUCGUGUCAUUUUGUUUUAAAUUUGAUUAUAUUUUAUGCAAAGCACUUUGAGUGACAUGUGUUGGAAAAGUGCUAUAUAAAUAAAGGUUGAUUUGAUAGGUAAUAUUUAACCAUGAGUCAUGCAGUUUUCUUGGGCAAAAUUAAGACAAAGCAGGAAGUAUUUUCUGCAGAAAAUGUAAUAAAUGAACAGUAUAUUAAAUACAGUUUUAUGCAAUAAAACAAACAAUCUGUAGGCCUAUUAGCAGCUACCAAUAACCUUACAGUAAGAGAAAGCGCAAAAAAGAAAACAAGACACGAUGCUUUUAUUUUGAAAGAACGAAAGUACCGGAAGAGAUUUCUCAUAGGUCCGGAAUCAAAGAUGGCGGAAGAAGAGAAACAGUUAGAAGAAUUUGAGCAAAUAGACUUCCUAAAAGACCGACAUGUACGGUUUUUUCAGCGAACACUUCAAGUGUUACCGGAAAGAUACGCGUCGUUGGAAACUACAAGAUUAUCUAUAGUAUUUUUUGCCCUGUCUGGUCUCGAUGUCCUGGGUUCCCUUGAUGUAAUCGAUAAAGACCUCAUCAUUGAGUGGAUUUACUCACAGCAAGUUCUGCCUACAGAUGACAAGUCAAAUCUGGGUCGUUGUGGGUUUCGAGGAUCAUCGCAUAUUGGAAUUCCUUACAGCACGAAGGGUCCAGGUGUGCUCCAUCCUUAUGACAGCGGACAUGUAGCCAUGACAUACACCGGAUUAUGCUCGCUGUUGAUCCUGGGCGAUGAUCUUAGUCGAGUUAACAAGCAGGGCUGUCUGGCUGGACUCAGAGCUCUGCAGCUGGAGGAUGGAAGUUUUUAUUCGGUGCCAGAAGGAAGUGAAAACGACAUUCGGUUCAUCUACUGCGCAGCUUGCAUUUGCUUCAUGCUGGAUGACUGGUCAGGCAUGAACAUUCAAAAGGCCAUUGAGUACAUUCGAGGUAGUUUGUCGUAUGACAGUGGUUUUGGCCAGGGAGCUGGAAGAGAAUCUCACGGUGGUUGGACGUACUGCGCCAUCGCCUCGCUGUGUCUCAUGGGCCGGCUGGAGGAGGCCCUGAGUCCGCGGGAACUGGAUCGGAUCCGGCGCUGGUGCAUCAUGAGGCAGCAAAGCGGUUUCCACGGACGGCCAAACAAGCCUGUAGACACAUGUUACUCCUUCUGGGUGGGAGCCACUCUAGAGCUGUUGGGUGUUUUUCGUUACACAAACUUUGAAAAGAACAGAAAUUUCAUCCUCUCCACACAAGACCGGCUGGUUGGAGGCUUUGCCAAGUGGCCAGAUAGCCAUCCAGAUCCGCUCCAUGCCUACUUUGGGCUGUGUGGUCUGUCUCUGAUUGGAGAGCCCAAUCUGAGGAAGGUCCACCCAGCUCUCAACAUCACCCAGGGGGCCUUUCAACACCUCCAGCAGCUGCAUCAGACGUGGAGGAGCAGCUGUGGCCAACAGCACUGACAGCAGGCUGACACGCAGGUUCCCACAUCAGGAACAUCUGACUUUUUUUCACCCUGUUUCAAGAUUCACAUGAUUGAGUUUUGAAUAUGUAGACCUCAUUUCCAGUUCAUCCAAUCAAGCUUUUGUUUAGCAAUACUCUUGCUAUUGCCUUUUCUCAUGAAUAUAUAGUUACAAUAACAAUGUGCAAUGUAUUUUUGGGAAUACAACAACGUGCCAGUUAGUCCGCUUUGAGACCAGAAGAAACUCCAGAUGCCUCCAUUUUUACAAAGUGUGAAGAGUCGUCUUUUGGAGGCUUCCUGUUCAGAAAGAUGGUUAUAAGAACCUAAGCACUGCUGACGUCCUGGCAUGGAUGCAGGACAUAACAUUUUUAGAUUUAGAAUUACUGUUUAACAUGGACUUUGGUGGCGGCUAUAAAAAAGGUUUUUGAGAAACUUGCUUUUGACCUUUUUUUCCCUCUAAUUUUAAUUCUUAGUUUAGACUAAAGUGAUGCACUCUUGUUUUCUAUCCAAACUUUGUUUUCAUGUUGCAGUCCGACUCGCAUUUCCAUUCCUUUUGGUGCUUUUUGUACCAAAAGUAAAGAAAAUGUCUUUACUCUCCUGAGUUUGUAUCUUUUAUCACUGAAGCAUUUUUGCACAAUAAUUAGAAAAAAAUAGAAGAGUUAAUAAAAGAGACUUUACCUGCUGUUCUAAAAAAGUUUAUUUUAAUUUCGGAUGGAAAAACUUUCCAAACAUUUGAAAUGAUAAAUUCUUCCAUUUUGAUUUCUUUAAAAAAAAUUAAUUUCUAGAAGAAAAAUUUCCUCUACAAUGUUUUAAAAUAGAAAAUAAUUCUGAGAUUUAUUCUCAAUUAAAUUUAUGAAGCUAGCCGUAAAGGCAGAGAUCUUUGCUUCCCUCAACUCUACAAAAUGGAUUGCUCCAAAAGGAUUAUUCCAUAUUUUAUUAAGGUAAGGAAAUUCAAACUUCUGCCAAGUCAGAAGUGUGUGUAUCCAUUUAUAUUUAUUUGGUUCAUUUCAAGCAAUUUCAGCAAUAGAAAUGAAAAAGACCAUAAAAAUACACAUAGGUAUUUAAGAUAAUAAAUUAUAAAUUGACUAGAAAAUGAUGAUCUUGACAUAAUUGCUCCCAGUCAUAGACAUAUUUGCACAUAUACAUACAGUACACACACAUGACCCAUUAAAAAUGAUUGUCAAAUGAAGGAUUUCCUCCUAUAGUUAUUAUGUUCACAUUAGUCAUACGUGUGCUGCAGAUGGUUAUCAUAUCAAACCCUUGUGAGACAGGAAAGAAAGUUGAUUGGGAAUGAAAUAGUUGAGACUUGGCUGGAGUUUGGUAUUUCUUUUGCUUAGUUAAAUAUUGUCUACUGAAAUUUUUUUUAUUUUUUUUUUAUUGAGUAGACCAGAACAAGCCAGCUGAAAAUCAAUGAGCAACGAUAAGAGGAUUGCAUUAUCACUAAAGGAAAUAUGCUCCUUUGAAGUCUGCUGCAUGGGGAAUCUAAUCUAUUUUCAGUGCAGAACGGAUGCAAAGCCAGAGCAGAAACAAUGAGGGUCAGGACACACAGGUGGCCUUUUUUCAACGUGACAUCCCCUCUAAAAUAUUGACCCGUUUACACUUGGUAAAGGCUUUGGUUUUUUUUGUUUUUCAAUCUUGCCUUUGUUGGUUUUGCACCACAAGUUCUCUUGCAGGCAAUGAAAGCACUCGCCUCUCACUCAGGGGUGAGUCUGGGGUUUUGAUGCGCCCGUGGUAACAAAAGAUCAAAGCUUUACAUUUGGACCUGGACCGUUCCAUGCCGAUACAUUGGCUCAACGACUUGCACCUCUUCAUUUAUGAGCAUUCUUAUUCCCAGCUUGUGCAAUUUCCAGCUUUCAGCUGAUAGAGCCACGCCCAUUUACAUAUGGCGGCUGUGUGAGCCACUACCCAACAUAACAGGAGAAUAGGAGACCACAGCAGUCUGUCUGCUCGGUUACCUGCAGGAGUUUGGGUGUAGAAACACAUGCUGUACGCUCCUCCUCUUCAGAUGCUCCAGACAGAUGAGAAAUGGGAGGAAAAGUGAAUAAAUAAAUAAUCCAAAUCAUCAAUUAUUGAAAGUAAACCUUGGGUGACUGAAUUUUCCUUUCCAAGUCCAGGCCAAAUUCCCAGAGGUGACGGGCUUUCUUUGAUGCAAAAUUUGAACAUAAGGGUUCUUAAAAUAACUUCAUUUAUACCAGUUUUUCCUUUGAAUAUGUUUUUGAUGUUUUCCCCUUCUUAUCAGAUUUCUUUCUUUCUUGUUAAGUGUAUAUUUUAUUGAUUGAGCCUCUGACACAAACGUAGAGCAAAAGUAAGUGUUAUAAUUAUUAUACGUUUUCUUUUAGUAAAUGCUAAAGGAAACUGAAAGUUCUUUGUAAAGCCAGCUCACUUUAAACAGAAUGUUGUCAUCUCCUGUGCAUUUCUAACGAGUCCUUUUGGCUGUGCACGUCGGCUGAGUGACGCAGCAGAAGCUCCCUCCAGCUUGCCUCAGUACUGUGCCUGACAUCUUUGUUCUGGGUCACUGCUUCCCCAAUGCUUCUGUUCUCUUGAUUUCUCGUCUCACGGCGUGCGCUUCAAUUGGUUUGGGAUCCUUUUUUUUUUCUAUGAAAAGCAAUAAAAUAUCAGUGUUACCCAGAA